AUGAGUGCUACUUUAAUAGGCAGGUAUGCUGCGCUAAGAUCCUUACCAUUACGAACAUUUAUCUUCAAAUCCGAUUUUGGUCUCAAACCUCUUUUUAUAAGAAGUUUUUACAAUGGACGCAGUGGGAGAAACGAUGGCGAUGCCAGACCUGCUAGGCGCAACAGGGACUUCGUGGGGUUUUCAAAUAGGGAUGGAAGAAAUCUAAGGGACAAGAGAGGCAGAGAUACACGACGUACACAGAUCGCCAAUGAUGAGGAUUUGUUAAGUAAUUCAAAGCUUACGAAGGUUAUCAGAGUUCCUGAAAAUCUUGAUGACAAAGAGAUCACAAUAGAUCAACUGAAGGAUGAUGGCAUUAUCAACAAAGACUUACACAAGGCAAUCGCCAGAAUGAAUUUUCCUGGUUUGACGCCGGUCCAACAGAAAACUAUUAAACCGAUUCUCGAGACAGAAAACGAUGUCAUCGCAAGAGCCAAGACCGGUACAGGUAAAACCCUGGCCUUUUUGGUCCCUAUGUUUGAACAUUUAAUUUCCACACGUACCGAAUCUCCUUAUAUGGUUAAAUGCGUUAUUGUUGCUCCAACAAGGGACCUAGCUUUACAAAUUCAAUCUGAAAUCGAAAAGAUUCACAAGAACAAUUAUGGCUUGAAAAAGUUUAAGUCGAUUGCGCUGAUUGGAGGAAGUAACUUUGGAACAGCUAUGAGGACGAUGCGCAGGGAUAGACCUAAUAUCGUUGUUGCUACACCAGGUAGAUUGAUCGAUGUGUUGUCCAAAUAUUCAGAUGAGUAUUUCAAGUAUGUGGAUUUUAAGAUUCUUGACGAAGCUGAUAGAUUACUGGAAAUUGGUUUCGAUGAAGAUUUAAGACAAAUCUCAAACACUCUUAAUUCCAUAAAUGCUAAAGGACCAGAUUCUAUCAGAACACUACUGUUUUCGGCCACUUUAGGGGACAACGUACAAGAGCUAGCUAACGGAAUCAUGAACCGAGAUGAGUGUUUGUUUCUAGAUACUGUGGACAAGAAUGAGCCGGAAGCUCAUGAAAAGAUCGAACAAAAAUUAGUUAUAUCAGAAACAUUUGCAGAAAGCAUGUACGCUCCGGUUGCCCACAUCAAAACACGUUUAGAAGAGGACAAUAAAUUCAAGGCUAUUUUAUUUGUGCCUACAGUGAAGUUUACCAAGUUUUACUGCGAGAUGUUGGAAAGCGUGCUACCAUCAUUACCUAUUUAUGAGUUUCACGGCAAGGUUGACCAACGCAAAAGAACUAAAAUGGUUCAGCAUUUCAAGAAAGCUAAAGAGGGCCUUUUCGUCUGUACAGAUGUCGGCGCCCGUGGGAUGGAUUUUCCUGAUGUUGAAGAAGUAUUGCAGCUGGGGCCACCGUCAGAGAUAUCUAACUAUGUUCACAGAAUUGGUAGAACCGCCAGAGGUGGAAAAGAAGGCAAAGCGUCUAUAUAUUUGUGCAAAGCCGAAUUACCAUUCAUUGAUACGCUAUCCAAUGAGAAAAAUAUAACUAUAAAGGAGCAAUGCGACUUUGAACCUGUUGAUAAGGACAUCAUAGCUUUCACGGAAGCAGUGCCAGACCAAAUGGAGCUGAGCGAUGCUCUUCUUUCUUUGCUUUCCUUCUACAAAGGGUGUGAACAAGCCUACCGGUUCCGUUUUAAUAAUGUCGCUCGCCAAAUUGCAGGCUCCUAUGGUUACUUAUUAGGUGAUCCCUUAGCGAAGAUGCGUAUAUCGAGAGACACUGCUAGCAUGAGGUUCGGAUUACGCGGUAGAAGCGCCCAAGACUUGUUUGAUCUUGGCCCUCAAAAUAGCUAUAACAAUAGCUACCAGAAUACGAGAUCAAGAAACUCUGGUUCGAGAGGUAGUCAAUUCGAAAAUAAAUAUGGAGGCAAAAGUGCAGAGAGAAAGUGGCAUAAAGACACCGCUUACAAUACCAAAAGAGCGAAUUCCUACCAUCGUGGAUCCAAUCCUAAAAUAGAGUAA